AUGACUGAACAUGCUGAUACUGAUGAUGAUGAUCUUAGAUCAUUUGAUCCAAUUGAACCAAAUCCUGUUUUUAGCCAAGUACAGAUUGAUUUUGAUGAUAUACAGGAUGAGGUGGAUUUCUGGAACUCUUCCAUUAUCUGCUAUGUUGUUGGUGCUAAUCCCCCAAUACAUGUCAUGGAAGGGUUUAUUAGGAGAAUCUGGAAAAAAAUUAAUGUUGAUAAGGUGGUGUUGGUGAAGAAGGGGAUCUACUUGGUGAGGUUUCUGACCAUGGAUAUGAGGGAUAAGGUCACCACUGGCCAUUUUUUCUUUGACAAUAAACCAAUGGUAGUGAAGCCCUGGAGUGUUGAUAUGGAUAUGGAGAAGGAAGAGAUCAAAUUUGUCCCCAUUUGGAUUCAGUUGUGUCUGAAUUUUAAGUAUUGGGGUGAAAAAUCUCUUUUCAAAUUUGUGAGUCAACUAGGCAAACCAAUUAAGAGGGAUGCAGCCACUGUGAGUAGGGAUAAAUUGCAAUAUGCUAGAGUGUUGGUUGACAUGCCACUCACACAAAAACUUCCUGAUCAAGUAACUUUUAUGAAUGAGCAUGGUGAGCUGGUUCAGGUCCCUAUCACUUAUGAAUGGAAGCUAACUAUUUGUGAUAAUUGCAAGUUAGUUGGACACUUAGCUGCUGAGUGUAAGAAGGGGAAAUCCAAGAGAAUUUGGGUGCAGAAAAAACAACAAGCUCCAAGUCACACAGAGGUAGUGGAACCAGAGGUGGAUCGGGAGGGGUUCCAAAGAACUCUUAGACCAAUCAGGGUUAGACCUACUAGCUUGGUGCCAACACCAGUUGAUAAUCCUUUCCAGAUGCUGAAUGAUGAAGGUGUUCAUAGUGCUUGUAGUACUGCUGAGCUGGAUAGGGGAGAUGAUAUUGAGGGGGGAAGCACAGGAAGAGGGAACUCUUCAAAAUCUUAUGGAUGGAAUUUUAUCAUGGAAUGUUAG